GCUUGCCAAAUAAACGCUCACUAGUGGUUUAGGGAAGGUGACAAGAUCACUGAUAUCUAUACGUUAUAGAAUAGAUAAACAGAACAAUGUAAUUUAAUAAAAUAAAAGGAAUAUGAAGAGCUCUAUUCAAUGAAAAUCGUUCCUUUUCUGAACAAUCCUUUCAAGAUGACUGAAAAAGAGUCAGAAAAAGCAACUGUGAAGUCAGACUCUGAAGAGCCCAUUCAGGCUGAAGUGCUUCCCAUCUCGAAUGUUCAAUUUGGAGAAACGAAAAGAGCUUUAAAAUCUAGACAUGUACAAUUAAUUGCUCUAGGAGGCUGCAUCGGUACAGGUCUAUUCGUUGGAUCAGGCCAAGCAUUGUCUCAGUCAGGACCGGCAUCUUUGUUUCUUUCCUAUGUCAUUAUGUCUUUUGUAAUUUGGUCUGUGAUGAAUGUUUUGGGAGAAAUGAACACUUAUCUUCCUAUUGCUGGAGCCUCUCCACCUUUAUAUGUUGCUCGCUGGGUGGAUAAAUCAUUAGCAUUUGCUGCUGGCUGGAAUUACUGGUACGCUUACGUGUUCUUAGUGGCAUCAGAAAUCACAGCAGCUGCAAUCAUCAUAGAAUAUUGGACAGAAUCGGUUCCUGUAGCCGCUUGGAUUGCGAUCGUCCUCUUUGUGUUAAUGCUACUUAACUCGUUCCUAGUAAAAUGGUACGGUGAGACCGAAUUUUGGUUUGCAAUUGUCAAAGUCAUUACCAUUAUUGGUUUAGUUAUCCUUAGCAUUGUUAUCUUUUUUGGUGGUACCCCGAAUCAUGAUCGCCUAGGUUUUCGUUACUGGAAAAACGGGUUGGCUUUUCGUGAGUACUUAGUAAAAGGAAGCUCAGGUCGCUUUUGCGGUUUUUGGAGCGCUGUCAUCAAAAGCGGUUUCUCUUUUAUUCUCUCUCCCGAAUUAAUCACUAUAGCUUCUGGCGAGACAGAAGCUCCUCGUCGAAACAUCCCUAAAGCGACAAGUAGAUUCAUCUAUCGCUUGGCUUUCUUUUAUAUUUUGGGUACCUUAUCCAUCGGUGUUAUUGUCUCCAGUCAGGAUCAUCGUUUGUUGAGCGCCGUCUCUAAAGGCUCUAGCAAUGCCGCCGCUUCACCAUUUGUUAUUGGAAUUGAAAACGCCGGAAUUCAUGUGUUAAACCACAUUAUUAAUGCGGUUAUUCUUACUUCCUCUAUCUCUUCUGGUAAUUCAUUUUUGUUUGCCGGUUCUCGUUCAUUAUAUUCACUUGCUGUCGAGGGACAAGCCCCAAAAAUAUUCAAACGGUGCAAUAGAUGGGGUGUUCCAUAUGUUUCUGUUUUAUUUACCAUUGCAAUUGCCUCUCUUGCCUUUUUGAAUUCAUCCUCCUCUUCAGCUAUGGUCUUUACAUGGUUCACAAAUCUCUCUACUAUUUCUGGCUUCCUUGCUUGGAUAUGCAUCCUUAUCACUUAUCUGCGAUUCAGAAAGGCUAUGGUUAAAGAAAAUUUAUUAAAUCUGAUGCCUUUUAGAACUUCACUUCAACCAUAUGCCACCUACAUUACUCUUUUCCUUGUUUCCUUAAUCACCAUAACCAAUGGUUUCAGUGUCUUUGUUGGCCAUUCGUUUACUGCAGCAAAUUUUAUUGCGGCUUACGUUACCUUACCUAUUUUCUUAGCAUUGUAUCUGGGACAUAAACUUUGGACGAAAAACUGGAAAUGGUUCAAAAGAAUUGAUGAGUUGGAUGUUACCAGUGGUUUGGCUGAAGCUGAGGAAGUUGAAAGUAGAUACAUACUCGGAAAACCAAGAAACUUCAUUGAAAAAGUUUGGAUGUGGAUUGCUUAAACCCAACUCCCUCCUUUUCUCAAGGUCAUGCACCAAAAUCUACUAUUGUUGUCAUGUUUUUCUUUUUUUUACUUGCAAACUAAUGAUAAUUAUUUAAUGAUAUAACCCCCUCCUCUUUUGUUUCCAACUUUUUAAUCAGAAGUCGCUAUCGUAUGGUUUUGCUCACCACCGUUUUCUUUUGUCUUUUCUCUAUUUUUAAAAUUCGAAGGAAAUUACUUAGUUUUUCGAAUUAUUUAAACUUGAUUAUUUUUUUCGGCCGCUCAUUAAUGAACUUUAGAAAUACAUUUUUGAAUAAAUGGCUUAACCUACUUUCAUUAAAUUCAAGUGAUACUAAAGCCAUUUCGCAAUAUACAACAUGUUAUUGUAGUAUUUCAGAAAAGAAUAAAUAAAUUAAAGGUAAGCUUCGCUAAAAGUCAAUCAGAAUCAUGAUAUAUAAUUUUUGGUUCAUUCUGUCAGAUCAGAUCAUAUGUGAUUUCAAUUAUAAUUGCAUUACUUCAAGCAUUAGCCUCGUCAUCAAUUUCGUCUAAUGAUUUUCGAGCGGCUUCUCUCCCGCUUUUAGUGUUUCUUUUAUUUUUCAUGGCAGCUUUGUAUCCACCACGUACGUUUCCAAGGUUUUUGGCUUGGGCUUCAUCAUUUUCAAACAGGUUUGAACUCUGAAAUCCUUCCUUUCUCAAUUCGGCUUCAUCAUCUCGGUCAGCUUUGUAACCACGCGUGGUUCCAGUAGUAUAAUGAGCUUCGUCACCGUGACUAUCUAACCAUUCUUGAGCUCUUGCUUUGGCCUCUUCGGAAACACUAGGAUUAUGCAAGGCAGCCUUAUGGCCGGCAAUUUGAUGUGCUAAAUCUGGCAUAUUGGUUGAAAAAAAAGUUGAUUGUACUAAAUAGCGAUGCAAAUUUCAUUUAUAUAUGAUUCUUUGUUCAACAUAUUCUGAAACGCUUAAUAAUGACUUUGCUUUUCGUAAUUUAUUACGUCUAUUAUAAUGCUUUACCUCAACUGGAUUUCGGAGGCAAAGAUCGAUUUUAUGGAUGGCAAAGCUCGCGACAAUAAAUAUGACUAAAUACUUGAUUUCCUAAAUUAAUACUAUAGAAGAUUACAAGAUUGGGCAACUAUAGGAAACGAAAUGAUAAAUCCCGUCAUACAUUGCUUUCGAGAAAUCGUUCCGCUGCAACCGGUUUUUCUAGGGACGGACUAUUUGGUAUGAAUGAAUUUGAGCAAAUAAAACUAAAACUUGACCUAAAUGUCGUAAUCCCUAAUCACUCAACACGAGUUCAUGUUUACGAUAGUAAUUCUUCAGUUAAAAAGGAACAGUUUGUGGUACUAUGAGAAGAGGCUUUUGACCUUCUAAGCCAGUCUUCUUUCUAAUGCUUUUGACAUAAGUCGAAAGCUAUGAAAAUAUCUUACACUUCAGUAGCAAUACGACUGCCUAUCUGUUUACUGUAUGGUAGAAACAAAUUUCAUUUGGUAGAAUAUGCUAAUGGUUACGAAAAUUACGAUGUUUUUGUAUAUUUACUAUAAAAAGACCAUUAAAUUCAGUUCAUACUUUGGUUGGAACAUAAAUAAUAUUCAUUUCAAAAAACAUAAAUGCUCGCUCAAAAUAUAUAGUACAUGAUAUUAUCGUAUCAAAAUAUUUGGUUAUCCAUGAAAAUCAUUAUGCUUUACUUUUAGCCAGAAAAUUAACACCUGGCUAACAUGCAAUUGGUUUUUUAUUCCAAUUCCUCAAGGACUUCCUUGGAGUGUUCCUUCGUUUCUUCAGAAACAUUGGGGUUGUGCAAAGCAGCUUUGUAACCUCCAGCUACGUUUCCAGGGUUCUUGGGAUGAGUAGGGCUUCUAGAGAAGUCUUCGUGUUCAAGAACAUCCUUAGAGUGUUGCUUGGCCUCCUCAGAGACAUUGGGGUUGUGCAUAGCAGCUUUGUAGCCUCCAGCGACGUUUCCAGGGUUAGGCAUCUUGAAUCAAAUAAUCAAAGUCAAAAAAAAUAAAAACCG